UUAAUUUGUCUCAUUGAUUCUCUUACUUACAACUUACUGAGACAUCUGGUUGACAAAGAAAAAAUCCUGCAAAGUUCACAUUCCAUGGGAUGCAAAAUGCUUACAAAUGCUGUUUUAACUUAUCUUAAUAGAGCAAGACAUCCUGAUCACUCAAUAAGUAAUCUUUUGCAUAUAUUUGAAAAUUACAAAAAAUUGAAACCACUAGUGCACAAAAUCAAAGAAAGAGCUGAAAUUAAACUUCAUACAAAAAUAUGCAAUGUUCAGUUACCAUUACUUGAAGUUCAGGAUAAUGAGGCCAGGAUACAGCCACUGCCAUCAGUGCUAACACUAACUAAAGAUCAAACUAAUGUGAAGUUACGAAGCUCUUUCCGAUUACCUCCUGACCCAAAACUUUUUUUAGCUAUAGUUUCAGAUUUCAUACCAUUGGAUAGAUUCUCACUGAAAGGUGAAAGUCCAAUAGGUGAGACGUCACCAUUGUCUAUUGAUGAGCUCUGCAACGUGCCAUCUUCUUCCUGGAUACUAAUAGAAGGUGUAUCUGGCAUUGGAAAAUCUACAUUAGCCUAUGAAAUGCUUAAGCAGUGGAAGGAUGGCACUGCAUUGCGGAGAUAUUCAUAUGUUUUAUUGUUACGUCUUCGUAAUGAAAAUGUGCAUCAACAAUGGUCACAGUCACCUGAUGUAGCACAAUUAAUUGAAGAGUGCUUAAAUGAGCAAUAUAUUGAGCCGCCAGAAAUAAAAAGCAUAUUAGAUAACAAGGGCCACAAUUUGCUCCUAAUUUUAGAAGGCUAUGAUGAACUUCCAAAGGAAAAGUUCGAGUUUCAAGUCAAUGUCUUUCAAAAGUUAAAAAGUCAUUUUGAUAAUGCUGUUGUCAUUAUAACAACUCAGCCUUCACUUUCCUACCAACUCACAGGAAAUAUUUUGUUCACAAAAACAAUCGAAAUACUUGGAUUUAGUAAGUCUAACCAAGAUCGAUACAUUGAAAUUGCUCUUAAAAAUAACACAGAUAAAAUUAAAAAGUUUACAAAAAGCAUAGUGAGCUGUCCUAUUGUUGCACAUUAUCUCAAUGUUCCCCUGCACUUAGCCAUAAUGAUCGAAAUAUUUUCUAGUGGUACAAAAAAGCUGCUGCCACAAACAAUAACAGAAUUGUAUGAGUCAUUUGUGAUGAAUUUAAUUUGCAGAUCUUCAAAUGAUCAGACAUUACACCAAAAUUUCAAAUGUCUGCCUUUGGAAAAGAUUAGCCUUCGAAAUCACUGCAAAUCAGCAUAUGAUAAUGUAUUUAAAAAUAAGAAACACAAAAUAUUUUUUGAUCCCAGGGAUUCAAGUAUAAUUGGGCUGACGCAGAAAAAAUCUAGAAGCGCAGUGGAAAUUCCUUUACUUCACUUUACAAUUCAAGAAUUUUUGGCUGCUUAUCAUGUGCAUAUACAAAACAAGCCCAUUGAGGAAAAAAUGGAAUUUCUUGAGAAUAUUAAUUGUGAGCUUCCAACAACCAUGUGUUUCAUGACUGGGCUUAUUACCAGUCAUGAAAAUAUACAGUUAAAUGAAAAUAAUUAUUUUCAACUUAAUCUCCUUCAUCAAUUAAUGGAAAUAAAUGAUGAGGCUCUAGUUUCUGAAGUAUUGAAAAAUAGAACAAUAGAGGUGUCACGUCUAUCAAGAACUCUUACACUGCAAGAUUUCUAUGUAUUAGGGAGAUGUUUCUCUCUUUCUUCAUGUUCUUGGAAGUUUGGUUUUACAUUACGUGGUUUAACAUGUGAGCACAUUAAGAUGUUUGUAUCCGGUUUUGAUGAUGUAAUGCCUCAAUCACAACAGCAUCCAAGUCUUGAGCAUAUUGUUUUAUCUCUUAACCCUAUUGGUGCUGAAGGACUAGCUACCUUCCUUAGUUUACCAUCAUUAGUUUUACGUACCAUCUCUGAAUUUUUUUUACGAGCUGCAUCAUUGAAAAAUAAUGACUGUUUUAAAGAUUGCAUAACAAAAUUUGAGCAUUUUGAUGCAUUAAAAACUUUUCUGUUUCAUGACAAUGAGUUUAAAGAAGGUGAGCAGCAACAGCUAAUUGAUGUUCUCUGCCAUGGUAAAUUGAAAAAUCUUAAGAAAGUUUCCUUUUCCAGCCUCAGCCCUCAUGAAUGUUUCACUCUUUUAUCACAAUCUCAUUUAACUCACCUUGAGCUAUAUGAACUUUCUCUUGAAUCAGUUGAAGCAUUGUUGGCCUCAUUAACUCGAUGCAUGACACUCGAAUGUAUUGAACUAUAUCAAAGUCCAAUAACUGAGGGAAUUGUAGAGAGAAGUCUUCGAUAUUCUUUGCCUGACUGCACACUCAAUGAAUUGAAACUGAUCAAUUGCGAAAUUGAUUCCCAUACUGCCAUCUCAAUCAUUGAUGCAGCUAUGCAUAGUCCAACACUUCAAGUUAUUGAUCUAAGUGACAAUGUCAUUGAUGAUGAAGGGGGUUGUUACAUUGCCAGCAAAUUGUGUGCACUUUAUCAAAAGUUGCUGCAAAAUCCAGCAGAAAAUAUUACCCAGCUAUUUUUGCAGCAUAAUUGCUUCACUGAAGAGUCCAUUACAAGGCUUACUGAAGAGUUAGUACAGUUACCGUACAAUUUUGCUAUUCACCUCUCAUUGCAAUGGAAGGAUUUCAUUGAAACGGAAUGUAGAUCUAGUCCAGCAACAAAUGUAGAGGAAUCAUCAGAUGAUAAUGAAAAUGAUUUAAUUCUACGUGGCAACAACAACAUAAAACCCAAUACAGAGUGGACUACAGUUCAAUGUUAAGUAGCUCCCAUAAAUGAACAGUCUUAAUAGCUCCCCGAUAAUUAUAUACAUGUAGUACACUUUAUUAACUUUUAUUACUUUUUACUCUUCAGUGUGCAUGAUCUAUUUUAUUUUUGUGGUUUUAUUUCUUAAUUAUAUAGUUUUGGUAUAAUUACAAUUUUCUAAUAGCAUUCCAAUAAUGUCUUUUCCUUUUCUUUAUUAAAAUACUAGUGUGCAUAUUAUCAUUAUUUAAUUUUUGCAUUCU